AUGUCCCUUAGCCAUCAUAUCUAUCAAAUCUACUCCAAUAGCCGUACCCCAAAGGCUAUGAGACACCAAGCUUUGUCCUUUUUGAUGGAAGAAGAGGAAGCCCAAAGGAGCAUGGCAGCUGCUUCAUUGACGCUUUGGGACCACACACCAGUGAUCAUAAUCUCCAUCUCCGGGAAUUUUCAAAAAGCCUUACUGACCGUGCCUAUACGUGGUACAAAACACAAGCACCAGGCUUUGUCCGCUCUUGGGAGGACUUGGUAG